AUGUCUGAGCUGGAGAAGGCCAUGAUCACCAUCAUUGAUGCCUUCCACCAGUACUCAGGGAAGAAGGGAGACAAGCACAAACUGAAAAAAUCAGAACUGAAGGAGCUCCUUAACAACAAGGUGACUCAUUUCCUUCAGGAGAUCAAAGACCAGGAGACUGUGGACAAAGUCAUGGAGGCUCUGGACAGCGAUGGGGAUGCAGAGUGUGACUUCCAGGAGUUUGUAGCCUUCAUUGCGAUGGUCACUGCUGCUUGCAAGGAGUUCUUUGAGCAUAAGUGA